CAGCAUCCUAUUCACCAUGGAGUAAUGGCCUUUGUGAGAGGCAUAAUCUUACUAUCAAAUAUAGUUACAAAAAUAAAAUAUGAAGAAAAAUGCAGUUGGGAAGCUGCAGUAGCGUGGAGUGUAAGUGCAAAGAAUGCACUUGUAAAUCGAUUUGGUUUUAGCCCUUACCAGCAUGUUUUUGGCAGAAACAUUAAUUUACCUACCACCCUUACUGACAAACAACCCGCUUUUAAUGGACAGGCUGAAAGUUUAGAUGUUGGUGCACAUCUAUCCGCUCUCCAUGCAGCCAGGAGAGCAUUCAUUUCUGCUGAAUCGUCUGAGAAGAUUCGGAGAGCUCUGAGGAGAAAAACUCGGCAGACCGAGAACCCUUCGAUUAAACCGUCAAUCCAAGAAUCCAGCGAUGAUGAAAGUGAUGACGAAGAUCAACCAGAAGUUGUUCAACCGGCGCCACAAUCAACAAGAACAAUAGUACAACAACCACAACUGAAGGCUGAAGAUAAGGUUAAAUUUGUCAAGGAAGAUGGGGUAUAACAGGAAGUUACA